GACUCGUUGGGUAAAAAAAAGACCGAAACUUACGGCAUACGGUCCCCUUUAAAUUUAACAUUAAUACCGGGCGUUACGGGGCAUUUCGGGAUCGAGUGAAGAAAGGAGCUCUCAGUCUACCGUCCGAAGAUGGAUUUCCCUGUGUUUGAAAUUCGUUUCCCUAGCAGACCCAACAGCGUGGUGCGUUUCCUACUUACGCCGAGCUGCGAAUACGAACGGCAGUCUUUCCGCGUGUUGCGAAUUUUGGUGCAGCGACACAUUCCUCGACAUGAAUUUUCUCUGAUUUGGUCAAAUAAUGGCACACUGUCGCUUUGUGAUUCUCAGCUGGAUCUCAAUCGGGCUGUUGAUACUGUGCUGGCAACUCGGCGCAAAUCCGACGAGGAUCCCACUGUGGUGCUGGUGGUCAUGGAAAUCGCUCGGGCAGAAUUAUUUCCUAUGGCACCUAAAUACAGCAAAGCCGUGGUGCAUUUCAAGAAAAAAAUGGAGAAGCGAAAGGCAACUCCUUUGUCGCCGCCUGCCGUUAGUAGCAGCGCGGAUCUCUCUGCGGAAGAUGUCGUUGUGAUUUCUGACUGCGAUGCGAACCAGACACAGUCGCCCGGUCGUAGGGCCAAAAACAUUAUCAGAUAAUUCUCCCCGCUGUGCUUCCAGUAAAAGAUGGUGGCAUCGGUAUCUGGAAAAGCGGCAAAGAACGGAUGCGGUCGUCCUACUGCGGAUUCUUCGAUGAUUUCUGAAGGUGCACUCAGGUUUUUUGGAAACCGGUAAAAAAAAUCUGGCUAAACGAAAGAACAAGGAGACGGAAGAUUCGAAAGUUUGUCAGUAUUGCGGUCUUGAACUGCACAGCAAGCAGAGCAGAAUUCGUCAUGAAAGAAUCCAUACUGGUUGUUUCGAUUAUAAUUAUCGUUUCCUUAUUUGAGCACCAAUGUAACCAAAGGCGUUUCAGGCGAGUGCCCAUUCACGUGUGAAUUGUGUGGAAAAAUUUUCGGUAUCCUGAGCAACUUCGUUCACACAAAAAGAAAAUCCACGAUAUCGGUACCAGCAUUGCCAGGCGGACUCUGGAUCAACCAAAAAACAAAAAUCUGAAGGGAUUAAAUUCUUUUAAGAAACCGCAGGCGGUGUUUUCGUCCAAAUUUUCAAGAGUUCCUGGUGUAAAAAAGAUCAUCAAAAAGAAAAAUGGAGGCGCUCCAGUAUGUCCUUUGUGUGGAAAAGGUUUCUAUAGUUUCGGAAAUAUGAAGAAACAUCUCAGAGAUAUUCACGGCAAGGAUGUUUUUAAACGCACCUAUAAUAAGAAAACGAAAGCUUAUGAUACUGGAGCGACCCAUGCGCUUGAUAGUUGUUCCAACGAUGACAACGUUUCUUACGAUCUUCGAAAAACGGUGGGCAGGGUGUCCAUGGCGGCUGCUCUGCAGUUUUCCCAUGAUUCGAAUGCCCAUGGCAAUCAGAACUUUUCGUGGAAGCAGCAUGGUAAAGAUUUCAGUGCCAGAAACAAAAUGCUCCUGCAGAUGGACGAGAAACAUGCAGUCACUGAAGAUGAUUGGCAGUCGAGUUCUGACUCCGAAGCUGAAGUUCCUCAACCGGCGCAGACGAAGAAGGCGAAGCGUACGAAGAAGGAGAAGCAUGAAAAGCCUUCCAGCUCCAACCGUGCUUCGUAUCUGUGGAGACUGAUUUGGCGCCUGCUGGAUAGUCCGAUGUUUUGUCCACGUGCGGUCCGAUGGGUUAAUAAGAAGAACAAAGAGUUUCAAAUCGUAGAUAAGGAGAUGUUGGCCAGGGUGUGGGCGGUGGAGCGGGGUCAUAGUUCGGAUACCGUGUCCUUAGGCGUUCUUAAUCGGUGUUUUAAGAACGCUUGCCGCAAUAAGCAUAUGGUGUGCAUCAGCGGAACCCGUUAUGUUUUUCGUUUUGGACCAAACGCCACAAAACCGGUAUGAUUUCAGAAAGGGUUCUUAAGAUGGUCUCACAUAACCCACCUUUGUUGUUUCAUAAUUUUGCAGCAUUAUUGCGAUUAGCCAUUUUUUCAGGCAGUUUUGUUGAUAAAUUGAUCUUUUUUGUACAGUACUGAAAAUGACAGUUCGCGGUUUACGAUUUUUGCGACGAUGUGUUCAAUGCUCAAGCUUAAACUGCCUUGUAAUUUUGUAGGGAAUUGUUUCUUUGCUCACCAUGAGAACUUUUUUGUUGUAAAUUUAGGUUGUUUAAGCUCAAAUUGAAUAAAAUUUCGUUGUUACCGUA